AUGAACAACACGGCCUCAGAUGCUAAUACUAGCUCUGGCGCCGCGGACCCAGUUGUCUCAAACUCUGAUCUGGAGUUCACGACUGUGGACGAAAGGCCUUCAGACUAUGUGUCAGCACUCGUGCGUUACGAAUCGUUCAAGUUUGAAAAGAACAUGAACGCGACUGCGAGAGAUAUUCUGAACGAAAGUUGCUCAGAUUACUAUUCGAGUAUCCUGAACGUGAGCUCGAUUGAAAACGCAGCACCAUCAGGAUGCAACUGCGACGGAGUGACGGACCUGUUGAGAGCAAGGACCUUUGAGUUGUCAGAAAACAACACGGAUUCACCAGUUACCUACGAGGAAGUCCCCGAAGGAUACGAGUUUGACGCAGAUCAGUCAGACACAUGUGACAUUUGCCACUCCUCACUGGCAAAUCUGUCGACGUCGACCUGUAAAACAUGUAAAACAAAAUCGCACACUAACUGUUUGUUGAACAGCUGUAACACAAUAACGGAGUUGGUGCCAUCGCAGAGCAAGGAGAACGGGGAGAGUACAGAAGGAGGAACCGCGAGACAGAACAACUACGAAUACCAGUGUAAAAUAUGCGCAGCUAAAUUCAGCCCAUAUAAAAAACCGAGGUGCUGCAUAUGUAACCUGAGAGGAGGAGUGCUUAAUCUAACGGAAAAAAUGUACUACCACCCGUUCUGCGUGUACUACUCGUACGACGUGCUGUACCCGUACUUCAACAAUAACCUGGUACUGUCAAACGCACAGAUGUUCAAAAGACUCCUCAACUCACUCUCAGAAGAAACUAAAGUAAACUACGAGGAAAGAAAGUGCCAAAUAUGCGGAGACCAUAAAGGAGUAACGAUCAAGUGCAAGUAUCUGACGUGCAAGAACCACGUUCACGCACGGUGCAUAACGGAAGGUUACGAGGAAGAUAAGAUGACUAAUAAAAAUGGGCUCGUGAUCUUCAUGAUGAUAAAACACACGUCAAAUCUGGGAGGAAGAAACAUGCUGUUCAGAGCGUCAUUCUGCAGAGAACACACGAGUAAAAAGUAUAUCAACUACUCAAUAUAUAAGCAGCUGGUAAAUCAGUCAAUACUGACAAGAGCAGAUGGAACGAGUUACAGUAAGUACAGGAACAUAAUAGACGACAUACUGAACAGAUACUUCGUCAAAACCGCAAACAUUAACUUUAAAAUCGACACGAACAUCAAUAUACCGAACAUAGUGAGCACAGACGAACACGUAAAAAAGAGGAGGAAGUUGGACGAAAUACUGUUUAACAUAGAGAGUAAGUUGAGUGAAAAGGAAGAAGAGAGUAAAAAGAGUAAGGAAAAGGGGCAGGUAAAAGAAAAGGUAGAAGCAACCACGGAAUUAGAAGAGGACCUGGUGCAGAAGGUGCUGUGGCAAAAAUUCGACAUAUUUAAUCCAAUAACGUUUAACCCGUUCACGCCAAAUUACUAUCGCAGAGAAGGAGUAGGCACGUCAGUGGGUGUGGGAGGAGCGGCAAACGCGAAGGGGACGACGAAGGACCUGGUGACGUCAAUGCAAGAAACGCACGAUAACGCGCCGCUGCUCUCAGUGCUCCUCUACAACAAGGAGGUGAAGGACAACAUACUUCCUCUUAACUCGAUACUGUUCGACAACAUUAAGAGUAACCGGGAACUGGCGAUAUGCUACCAGCAGAAGAUACUGAGCAGCUGCAGCGGGAUCAUAGAGUACCUUAACAUACUUAACAGAACGCUGACGUACAGAGAGGACGACGAAAUGCAGGUAUUUGUGCUAUUCGAGAACGUGGUGGGAAACUACCUGCUGGUAUACGCGAUUAACAGGAAGGUGCUGACCUCAAUGAACUCGGAAGAGUUUAACGCGCAGAUGCAGUAUGACCUGAAGGCGCUCCUGACGAACACGACGGUGCGAGAGAGCGCAAUGAAGGAUAACACGCUCUUCAACCACGUCAACGUCUACGGAAUCAAGGACGACAUCAAGUACAUACACAGCAUACUCUCGAGCUCAGGAGGAGGAGGAGGGAGCAUGAGCAAGAGUAAGCAGUACACGAAGAAACUCAGGCUCGCGCAAAAGGUGAAGCUCAACAACUUUGAAAUUGAGCUGCUGAAGAGGUCGAUACUGGAGAUGAGGAACAUCAACUACCUUAAACUGAUCGUGGUCAACAGCCUGACGACCGUGCCCACGUACCGGAGCAACGGAGCAAUGUGCACGCCGCCGAACGCAUGCAUGGAGGAGAAGUACGUAAAUUACAUAGACUGGAGCAAGAUUCUGCACAACAUAAAGAGCCUCUACGAGAACAGUGACUCCUCAACGCCUCUGAAAUACGACGAAUACAGACUGCUAACACACUUCAACGCAGAGUUGGACAGAGAAAGAGAAAGGGUAACAGGACCCGUGGUGGAAAAUCACCACAGUUACAUGAAUAACGAAUACAAGUACAUCGAGGGAGAGUUGGACGUAGUUAACUCGGACCUGAUUAAAAUAAAAAAUAAGCUGCACGAAAAGAUACUGGAGUACUGCAGCGAACACUGCCUGGACCACGAUAAGCAGGUGAAGGAUAGAGCACAGCUGCACAAGUAUGAGUUCAACGAAUACUACUACUACGUGCUGUAUAACAUGAAAAAGCUGUUCUCACCGAAGAAUAAGUUGAACCUGCCGAGCGUAGACAGCGCGGAAGUAAAGUCGUUUAAGAACGUGGCGCAGCCAAUGCCGAAGGUGGCGAAGAAGCACCACCUCGGAGAAGGAGUGGAGGAAGAAAGCAGGUUCUGCCAAGUCUGCUACAACGAGGAGGAAAACAACAUCAACGUGCUCAUCAAGUGCGCAAGGUGCCUGAUCGUGGUCCACAAGUACUGCUACAACGUGCCAAUCGCAAAGAUACUGAGGAACACUGAGUACCUGUGCAACCGCUGCGAGUACGAGAAGAAGCAGCUGUCGUCGCAGUACCAGUCAAACUACAAAAAGUUCUCAAUACUAUGCUACAUAUGCAGAAGAGGCUCGGGGCCGCUGACGAGGGCGAAGGACGAGUGGUAUCACCCGUUCUGUUACCUGGUGGUGAUGAUGACGUCAAGAGCGAAGACGUACGUUGAAACCAGAGAAAGAGGGACAGCGGUCGUCAGGGAGCACAAUAAAAGCGAGUUGUACGUGAGGAAUGAGACUCUGGAGCAAUUCUCAGUGGACACGCAGGAAGGAGAGAGUUCGGCGUCGACCGAAAUCCGCAUGGACCACGAAACGAAGUUUGAGGAGGACCACUACAGACAAGAGCAGGACAAAAACGAGCUUAAACGCCAAGGAACAGCCGACUAUAACAAGUUAAACCAUGAAUCAGCCGACUAUAACAAGUUAAACCAUGAAUCGGGUGAAUAUAACAAGUUAAACCAUGAAUCGGGUGAAUAUAACAAGUUAAACCACGAAUCGGGUGAAUAUAGCGAGGUACAGGAAAACGGCAAUGAAUAUGCGAGUCCAAAUCAACACGAAGCUGAGUAUGGCGAUAUACACGCAAACACGGAUGACCGCAGCAAUUUACACCAAGACGACCACGACUACGCUAGUCUGAACCAAAACACAGCCAGUUACAGCAGGGCGCACCAAAACAAAGCUAAGACGGCGGACGAGAUGUGCAUAGUAUGCGGAAUCAAGGACGGAGUCCUGGUGGAGUGUAACCUGUGUACAACGAAGUUCCACCCGUUUUGCGCAUACUUCCACGGCUUCAAGUUCGAGUUGGUGGGAGGAAACAGCUGCAUACCGAGUUACACGAGCACCAAAAUAGCAAUAGUGUGCAAUGACCACUUUACACUGGGGGACGCGGAUGAUGCCAAGGGGAGUGAGAGUAGCGACACUGAAGCUCUUGUUGACCACCAUUUACACCAUUUACACCAACCACAACGAGGACACCAACCAAACCAUUUACAGCAACCACAACGAGGACACCAAGGACACCAUUUACAACAAGCAAACCACUAUGGAGUCAAAAGUAAGGCACGAGUAGAUGGCCAUCAAGCCCGCGAUGAGGAGACUAAGCACACAGGCAAAGGCGUUGAAAGUGCAGGUGGCCAUGGCGUAAAGAAGCGAAGACACAAAGCAGUGGUAGCCAAGGAGCAGGAGCAAAGUAAGGAAGGGGCCUCAGAGGUAGACGAGCAGGCAGUGGACAUGGAGGUCAUAACGACGGUGAUGAGUAACAGAUACAGACGCUACAUCAACAGAGACGUCAACGACACGAUCUACGACAAGGAUAAGAAGAAGAGGAUCAUACAGAGCGUCACAACGACACUGGAAGACAUCAGCUACGAAACGGAGCCGAAGCAGAAGCCAGAAAACACAUGCAGUGUGUGCUUCAGAGACAGCGGAGAGCUCAGCUGCACGAGCUGCAACGCCUACGUCCACAGGUCGUGCUACCCAGAGGAAAUCAGCAGCAGCUUCAGAUGCGACCAGUGCACGUACGCAGCGCAGUCGAACAAGGACAGAGAGACAAUUUACUGUUACAUUUGCCUGAGCAGUGAUGCGAUGCUGAUUAAGCUCUGCGAUAACAUGUACUACCACAUCAUCUGCAAAAUCGUGUACAACUGCCUGGACUGCCAGGGGCCUGACACCGACUUUGAAGAAGGAGGGGAUGGCAAGGAGAGCGGAGAAAGCGGAUGCAAUAUAUGUGCGGGAGACCACGGGCUCAUGGUCUACUGCUACAAGAACAAGUGCGGACUCAAGUUCCACCCGAACUGCGCAACCAAGAACAAGCUGGUGCUCGAGGUAUACUUCACGACGGAGGGCAUGAAGUGCAUAGCGCUCUGCCACGAGCACUCGCUGCUCCACAACACGGUCGGCGCGGGCCUGAAGAGCCUGCUCAGGCUCCGAGUGCAGCUGCUGAUGACGAAGAACAUAUUCAAAGACCUACACGACCAGAACGUGGUCCUGAAGGCGAUGCUGAGGAAGAGAAACGAGAUAUACAACACAAUGUACCCUCUGGACAAAAUAUACAAAUCAUAG